AUGACAAUUCCUUCAAAAUCUCAAGACAAAACGGAAGAACAAGAAUCAGCUUCACCUUCCCACGCUGAAGAUGACAAAUCUUCACCACCACAACCAAAAUGGGAUGAAUUCUGUAUUCAAUGGUGUAAACAAAAGGAUUUAAAUCGCGAUAAAACUAUUGUACCGGAAUGCCACAUGCUAUGUUUUAGAAGAAUUAAUGCUCAUUUAAAAAAUGAUCUAUUAAAGAAGCAAGUAGUAGUUAAAGAAGAAUUAAAUCAUAAGAAACAUCAAAUUGAAAAUGUUGCUCAAGUAUUAUAUAACAAAACCGAAAAUGAAGGAGAUAAAACUGAAUUGAAGGUACCAAGAAAUUUUAUGGAUGGAUAUUAUUUAUAUUACAUAAAAGGGUUGGAAUUAUGUCAGAAACAUACUGAAGGUAUGAAGAAUGAUGAAAUGUACCGACUUGGAUGGACACAAAAUAAUCCAGAAGAAUCUGAAAUAGACCUUGGUGAAAAAUUUGAACAAACUAAGUCAGAAACAAAACGUAUAAUAAAACGAGCCUUCACACCUGGUUAUCAACUUGCAAAAAGAUACGUAGAGUCAUGGAAGGAUGGAACUCAAACUUCUUUUUUUAAAAGAUUUUAUGAAAGCGUACAGCGUAUGGAUGCUGUUCACAUUGUACAGGAUAAUAUAAAAAAAGCUGUAGAGAGGUGA